GCUCUGGCUGAGCGAAUACGUACACAUCGCUCAAGAGGCCAACCGCGAUCGAGAUAUGUACACGAUCCUCGCUGCCACACACAUACUCCGAUUGGAGUUGGAACCCAGGAUGGAGAAGUGGAGAGGUAUGGAUGAGUGGAAGAAGACCGAGACGCAUGAUGCUGCAGGCAUUUCUCCUCCUCAAGGGGGUCUGCUUGCCAAACUUGCGUGGCGGUACAACUUCAUCGCCGAAUCUGACCCCGUUGCGGUCAACGCGGCAAUCCAAGUCAUCACGCACCUGGUAAUCGAGCAUCUGGGAGAUGAGGGGCUCAGGCGCUUUCCGCCGGAAGAUGGAAAAACCCUGAUGAUACUCCUGGCAAAUAGCAUCGUUGCAGCCGAAAAGGAGGCCGCCGAGAAUUUCAAAGUCAGGCAGACAAGAUGCCUCAUCGGUCUCGGCCUCGUCACACCCCUCGCGAUGUGGGCGCGGUGGACCCGCCGGCGGUACCUUGUUCAUCCACUGAACAUGGCGCAGCGUCUUCUGGUCUAUGGCGGCAUCUUCCCUGACAUCAUAGCCAUCCAUCGACGCGUACACUACGCAUCGACUAUACGAGACAAGCAUAGGGUCGCGGAGCUGUGCAGGGAGAUAAUACCGAAGUUGAGUGAGACGGUGGACGGGCUGAUGCAAUCAGGAGUCGAGAUAAUAAGUAUAUGAAGCGACUCAUAUGUUUGGACCCUCGGAGGAUCACAUACCCUCGCACGUACGGACGUGCCGCAACAACACACAGUACGGAACCCUGUCGUAAAUGUUAUGAUAGUCUCGACACGCUCGUAGACCUACUAGUACUCUUCACGAAGUCCCCCGCUCAUAAACAUUUGUAUCACCUCGUCUCCGCUAUCGUCGCUGUGCAGUCUCUCAUAGUUAGUAAAUACCCACCUUCCCACCGCUCUAUCAAUU